AUGAAGAUACAUAAAUGCUUUAUGUGUAAUUAUUUUCUUAAAAUAGUUAAAGGAAAAAGGAAAAGGAAGAAGUACACGGGGAGUCGCAAUACCCUUCUGCGCAAAGGGAGAGCGGGGGAAGGAGAUGCUGUGAAUGGAACUCAUUCGAAUAGCACAAAUAGCAGAAGUAGUUUCCUCGAAGCUGAUCCAGAGGAGCAGGUGUUACCUGCAUUAGAACAAACACCAUCAAAGGAAGAUAUUAAGGCCAGUGAUAAUACCACGACGGUGGAGCCUAAGGCGGAUGAGUCUUGCCACUUUCGCUGCUUUCCCAUUUGUAACAUCAGCUGCGAUCAUAGUUUUUGUCUAAAUGGAAGAUGUGGCAACAAGGUCUUAGAGGAAAGAACAGAUACGAGGGGUUACAUCGGAAGGAACACCCUCCGAGUAAAUCAUCACAUCGAUCAGCGCAGUCGAAAUUUGAAGAAAGAAGCGCAAUAUUCGUGUAUGCUCCUGCAUGUGUGUGAAGGAAGUAGAAAGUCUUCCCCUUGUCACAGGACAUUGAUCAGGCGGAAAGAUAUAAGUGCGAACUACUCACUCGAUAGGCAUUACCUCACAUUUGUGGCUCAGUACCGAAUUGAAAAGAUAAAAAAAAAUAUCAUGAGGGUUAUUUCUUUUGUGCGCUUCUUCCUGUCACAGAGGAAGAAUCAGAGGGCCAUUAAUUUGAUACAACAGAUUAGUAAAUGGGAAGGUGGUCCACUGGACGUUACACCCAUGUGGACGGAACUACACCAUCUGUAUAAGAGGGAAAUAAGCAGAAUAAGUAGAAGGAAAUGCAUCUAUAAUGAUCCCAUUUUGGAAACUCGUAAAAGAAGAUCACGAGUACUGUUCAUCAAACUGGUUAAGCGAAGUGUGGGAAUUGUUCACAUGCUAGAAAUGGAAAAAAUUAGACAAAAAAGAUUUGUUGAUCGGGGGAACAUGGGGUUUUUCCAUCGCACAAAGGUUAUUAGAAUUAUGGAAAAUAGAAUUGGCAGGAAUAAAUACAUAAAGAAUAUAAUUCAAUUAUGUCAAAGAUAUAUCAACCUUGUGGAUAGCUCCCUUCUUUGCAUUAUGAACAGGAUGGGAAAAUCUGUAGUGCGAAUUGGUAGAACGGAUAAGAAGUGCCAUGGGGGGACUGUUAUCACAACUGAUGUAACAUUGCACAGAAGGAAUAAUCUAAAUAGGGUACAAACCAAAGGCACUGUAGGGAAGAGCAAAAAGGGGAGUCAGUCCUUUAAGGGGGGCCACAACGGAUAUCGUGCUGAUAAAGAAGAUGUGCCGAUUGUCAGGGAAAGUAAUGUGGGAACUCAUUUUGGCGAAAAAUCUGGGGGAGACCCCUUUUCUAUUGGUAGGAUAAAAAGUAUACGGGAGGAAAAGAUAACUCGAAACUCUAAAUCUUCUAAUGAUAUGAGCGCAGAUAGAAAUCAACAAGGAGCGAAGCCCGAAAGGGGCUCCAUGAGCACGCACAGUGGAACAGAAUUAACCAAAUGGGACAGAAUAUAUAGCACCGUUGAGUUGGCCUAUUCCCUCAAAAGCAGAACAAUGCGCAGAAGCAUGUGUAGAGCAAAACAAAAAGUUAAAUGGUCCAUUGUGUGUCUCAAAUGUAAAGGUAAAGCCCCUGUUAAAAAAAUGCACAGCAGGAAAAAUAAUUACAAAAUGUGCAAUCUAAGAAAAAAUAGAAAUCAUCGGGGGAGACGAACAAAAAUGUGGCAAUCGUAUUUCCAGGAGAACGUUAAGAGUGAGCAGACGGAAGAAGCAAGCGAAGUGGAAGGGGAGACAACUCUCCCUGAAUAUGAUAGUCACGAAGAAUGGGUCAAUUCUCAUAAGUCAUUUGGAGUAAACUCCGAUAAUCUAAUGAAAGGCAAGAGAAGAACGAAAGAAGGUAGUCACGGAAUAUAUGGCUACAGGGAGAAGGACCCUUACUGGAUGGUCAAAAAGAGUGAAACGAACAAGGAAAGUUACGAUACUCCCAAAGAGGAAGAAAAAAGGAUUGAUCAUUCGGAUAAAGAAUGGGAUUAUAGAAAUAGGAACAAAAGUGCGAUAAAUCGGAACGAUCUAAACUGUGUCUUGCACAUAGGAAAUAAAUUUGUGGAGUGCCUAAGAAGUUGCGAACAUAUUUGGAAGAACUUCAAAAUGGUAAAGCUGAUAAAAGAUAACUGCUCCAAUUUUGUGUACAAGUGCUUUGACACGAACAACAGAAGAUACGUAGCCAUCAAAAGUGUGAACAAGGAAAAGCAACUGUCUAUUAUGAGCUAUAGUACAUAUUUAAGUAUUUACAGAAUUGUACAGAAGAUUAAUAAUGAUAAUGUAGUGAAGAUUUAUGAUGUACUGGAGAGUCCUUCUCACUUUUUCAUUGUCAUGGAAUUAUGUGAAGGGACAGACCUCGUCGAAUAUGUAUCCAAAGAAGAAAUUCCUUUCGAGAAGGCGAAGGAUAUUAUUUCCCAACUAUUGAACGGAAUUAACGCUCUGCAUGCAAAUUCAAUCAUUCACAGAGAUAUUAAGCUGGACAACCUCAUGUUCAAGGACAAGGAUUUCGAAAAGGUUGUGAUAAUUGAUUUUGAUAUGUGUGUUUACAUGUAUGGGGAGCUUGAUGUAUCUGUGGGGAGGGGCAACUACCUGUAUGGCAGCGACACAAAGGAGGGGUUGGACGAGAAUAAUUUGGGUAGCUGCGAUAGGGAGGAAGGGGCCACCAAAGUGGAUGUCACUAAUGGGAACUGCACCAAUCGUAUCUUGACCAAUCCUAGCUUUGCCCAAAACAGCGUACACGCCAAUUCCGUGCAAGUGAACGAAGCUCUCCCAAAGCACUCAUACAACUGCGAAUAUAUCACGAGGGAGGACGAUGCGAAAGGGGGGGGAGAUGUUCUACGCAGAAGCCAAUUCCUAACGAAUAACUUCUACUCGAAUAACACGUACAUUAACAAAUUUGUGAGGAAUAAUGAAGAGCGGAAAAAUUGUAUCAUGUACCCUCCCUACUCCGAUAGUUAUAUAAUGGUACACAGGAACAGCAAGAGAACAGCCUCCCUUAAUUACAAUUAUAUAAGUCAGAUAGAGAAUGGAUUUCUAUCUGCAUGCACAGACAACACGGAGAAAACAUUCAUUAACGAAGGGGACAAAGUAAUUUGGAACGAUCUGAUUGUUGGGACGAAGGAGUACAUGUCUCCGUACUGCUUGAAGGGAAUAUAUAGCAUAAAGACAGACAUAUAUAGCAUUGGAGUUACAAUUUUUUUAAUUCUUUUUAAAAAUUUUCCUUACCUAUUUGAAGGGAAAAGUCUCAGCAGAUGGCAAAAUGAAGUUAUUAAAAAAAAUAAGGACAUAGUAAUUCCUUUUUCCUUCCUGUUCCAUAACGUAACCUGCACUUAUUUUGUGAAAUUAAUGGAUGUACACCUAAUGAAUAAUAAUAUUUAUUUUUGCAAAAAUAGUUGCCUCCUGGACAAUAAUUUGAAGGAAAUUGAGAAACUGCAAAACAUCAAAAUAGAUUUUAAUCAGAUCAGAAUCAAUGCCAAAAAUAUUUACCUGAUUGAGAUUUUGAGGCGGUCUUUAUCGCUUGACCUCGACGAUCAGUAUACUAGCGUCUCCGAAAUUUUGGAAAACAAAAUUUUCGCCUGA